AUGUCCGGAAGUGCUUCUGUGCAUCCGCAGAGUCCUAUCGUAGCUGAUAACGCACUUGGGCAAUCAGCUUCGUCAUCCUCUACUCCCCUUAGCAAACGCCAGAAAAGAAAGUUAAAAUUGAAGGAAAAGUUGCAAGCCAUGGAGCAACUUAACACACUCAUCCACCGCCGCGGCGUUGCAAAAGGUAAGGUAACGAAAAUAUUCAAUACUUGCCAGUCCGACGACAAUACGCUUGUUCUGACUGAAGCACAAGUGAAGGUUUAUUCACGUAAGCUAGAAGCUGCUUACAAAGAGUAUCAGGCUAUACAUGAUCUGAUAAUGACGCUAGUUAGUGACGAUGAUCGUGAGUCGCAUGACGAACACUAUGAAACAUUCGAUAACCUCUACGACGAAGUAUCCAUAUUGCUCGAAGAGCAAAUUGCUAGAAUCAGUUGUGGUUCUCAAGUUGCAAACGUAAAUGCCAGUCAACUGCAUGCCGUAGCAGUUCCGCAGGCACCCGUUGUGGUCCAGCAGUCCCUCCGAAUGCCAAUUCCUACGUUCGAUGGCCGAUACGAAAGCUGGCCAAAAUUUAAGGCAAUGUUCAAGGAUUUAGUUGAUAAAACCCCCGACCCACCUGCUGUAAAACUUUACCACCUUGAUAAGUCAUUGGUGGGUGAUGCAGCCGGUUUAAUCGAUGCCAAAACCAUUAAUGAAGGCAACUAUGCUCAUGCCUGGAAGAUGCUAGAAGAAAGAUACGAGAAUAAGCGCCAUUCAAUUGAUACCCAUAUACACGGACUGCUCAACCUCAAGCGGAUGUCAAAAGAAAACCACAGUGAAUUGAGACACCUGGUGGAUGAGUGUUCCCGACACGUAGAAAGCCUCAAAUUCCUUCAGCAAGAGUUUACCGGGGUAUCCGAGCAGAUUGUUGUCCAUCUGCUAGCAAAUUCCUUGGAUAAGGAAACCAGAAGACGUUGGGAAUCAACCAUUGCUCAUGGCCAGUUACCAAAUUACGCUGAUACCCUAAAGUUUCUGAAAGAUCAAUGCUUCGUUUUAGAACGCUGUGAAGUAUCUAAGUUACCUCCAAGUCAGGCCAAAACAUUAGCACCAGCUAAAUCGAAUUACCAAAAAUCUUUAGCACUCACGUCCAGCGAAGUAGAGGUUAAGUGCGACUUUUGCGGAAAAGGACAUCCAAAUUUUACCUGUUCCGAGUUUAAGUCACUUUCCGUACCGCAACGAUUAAAGAAGGUACGCGAGAAAAACGUUUGCUUCAAUUGUUUAAGAAAAGGUCAUCACAGUAGUAAUUGCCAAUCUGCCAAAUUCUGCACAAAGUGCAAACGUCGCCAUCAUAGUCUGCUCCAUUUAGAGGAGCAGCGAUCAGCAAACGAACAGGAACCAUCACCUAAACCAGAACUCCCUGCUCAGCAGGAAAAAGAGCAGCAGCCUCCACAAGUAACUAGCGCCACCUGCUCAUCCGUGAAAACUAGACCGCUGCAGCAAGUAUUAUUGCUGACAGCUGUAGUGGAUGUCAUCGAUAAAAAUAACAACCCCCGCCCCUGCAGAGUUUUACUUGAUUCAGCCUCCCAAGCAAACUUAGUGUCCCGAACAAUGAUGGAAAAAUUAGGCUUGAAGCAGAAUCCAUCCAAUAUAGUAGUGGCAGGCAUUAACAACAUAAAGAGCCGUUCGUUGGGUAGUUGCGUCCUCAAAAUCCGUUCCAGGUACUCUAAUUUUGAAGCCAACGUCAGUUGCUUGAUCACGGAUUUGGUUACGGCAGACUUGCCAUCUUCAAGCGUGGACAUAAGUGCCAUGAAUUUGCCGUCCGGAGUACGUCUUGCAGAUCCACAAUUUUAUCAGAGUGGAAAAAUCGAUUUGUUGCUAGGAAACCAAUGGUUCCUCAAGUUACUGCUACCAGGUGAAAUUAUAUUGGCUGAUAAUUACCCUAUUCUACGAGAAACAAUGCUCGGCUGGGUCGUUGGUGGUUGCUGCGAUGUGAAUACGACAGCAGAACAGACAGUUCACUCACACUCCGUCACGGUGGAUGAUUUGAAUUCGUUGAUACAACGUUUUUGGGAGGUGGAAGAGGUGCAUUCUGCUUCUAAGGUUUGCACUGAAGAGCAAGAAUGUGAACUACAUUUCCAAGCCACACAUCGUCGUGAUGCAACGGGUAGAUACGUAGUUCAACUGCCACUCCGCAACACGCUGGAUGAACUUGGUGACUCCAGACAAGUGGCCUUGAGAAGAUUUUAUGCUUUGGAAAAAAGACUUGCUCAGCAACCAGAAUUAAAGCAACAGUAUACAGAAUUCAUGGCUGAAUAUGAGGACCUUGGUCACUGUAAAGAAAUAGACGAAAAUAAGGACAUGCCGGGUAUUGGGAAAUGGUACCUACCUCACCAUGCCGUUUUAAAACCGUCGAAUACUACCACCAAAUGUCGGGUAGUGUUUGAUGCUUCAGCUAAGGUCUCUGGACGCUCCCUCAACGAUGUUUUAAAGGUAGGUGCUAUUAACCAGAGCGACCUGCAAUCCAUAGUCCUUCGUUUCCGUGAGCCAUGUUAUGUUUUGUCUGCCGACAUUACAAAGAUGUAUCGGCAAAUUAUCGUCGACGAGUGUCACACACCGUUACAACGUGUGUUCUGGAGAAUUGAUCCAUCGUGUCGCCUUCGUGUGCUUGAGCUGACAACCGUCACUUAUGGCACUGCAUCCGCUCCGUUUUUGGCUACAAGAGCUCUGCUACAGUUGGCAAUCGACGAGAGAGCCAAAUAUCCUAUGGCUGCUGACAUCAUCGAGAAGGAUUGCUACGUAGACAACGCAUUAUUCGGUUUCAAUGAUCUCAGCACGGCGUCCGCAGCACAAGAGCAGUUGGUCCAGCUGUUGUCCGCCGGUGGCUUUCACCUACAUAAGUGGUCGUCGAAUAGUCCCAAACUUUUGGAAAAGAUCCCUCAAUGUGACCGUGAGGAACUCGUCUGUAUCGGCGCAGAAGAAGCAAUCAAAACGUUGGGUUUGAUGUGGAACCCGGCGUCGGAUGAAUUAAUAUUUUCUUCGGCACCAUCGGAUGAUAAAAAGACGCCUACAAAGAGACACCUCUUGUCGGUAAUCGCACGUAUGUACGAUCCGCUUGGCUUAGUGGCACCGGUCAUCGUGAUCGGAAAACUCUUGAUGCACAGAAUCUGGAAAGCAAAACUGAAUUGGGAUGAAAGUAUCACCGUGCCAAAGGAUGUACUUACCAUCCCUCGUAAAGAAUUGCUUGCUGCCGGUUUGUUAGUCCGGUUGGUGAAGAAAAUCCUCUCCGCACUAAACACUGCAUUCAACGAAAUAAUUUUAUGGUCUGACAGCCAAAUCGUGCUUGCUUGGUUGCAGAAAAAUCACAGUCAACUAGAUUUGUACGUUUCAAAUCGUGUGCGUGAAAUUAAAGAGAGCGGUGAACAAUUUCGAUGGAAGUAUGUUAAUACGAAUGAAAAUCCUGCAGACUUGGUGUCUCGUGGUCAAUCUGCUGAUAAGCUAUUAAGUAAUGACCUUUGGUGGAACGGCCCGAGAUUUUUACGAGACGAGAUGUACGAAAUAGAUUCUCCAGAGAAGUUAGCUGAUGAAGAUAUUCCCGAAUUGAAAUGUGUGUCCGCUGUACAAGCAGUGGUUAAUAUGGAUGUUCUACCAAUUUUCUUCAAAUAUGAAUCGUUUAGAAAACUGCAACGAGUGUUGGCGUACAUAUUGCGGUUUUAUAAAAACUGCAGAGAAAAGGUUAAGAUGAAUCGUGUUAUUCAGCGAUAUCCUACAGUGGAGGAACUGCGGUCGGCAAUGACUACCAUAGUUCGUGUGUUACAAUUUCAAAGUCUAGCUGAUGAAAUUGAAAGAGUGAAGGCAGGUAAGCCUUGCAAGCGGAUUGGAAACUUAUGUCCAAUAAUUGAUAACGGGCUGUUGAGAGUGGGUGGUAGAUUACGUCAUUCGAGUUUGACUGAUGAAGGUAAACACCAGUUAAUUUUACCUGGUCAUAAUAUGGUGGUUCAAAAUUUUAUAAUGGCUAUUCAUCGUGAGAAUCUCCAUGUGGGCCCAUCUGCUCUUAUGGCUAUUGUGCGUAGACAGUUCUGGGUUCUGAAUUCACGAUCCACUUUUCGCAAAGUGACCAGAAAUUGCGUCACGUGUUUCAAGUGCAAACCAAUAACUGCCAAUCAAUUCAUGGGUGACCUGCCUGCAAGUCGGUGUGAUAGAGCUCCAGCGUUCCAAAAGGUGGGUGUUGAUUUUGCCGGACCCAUUUUUAUAAAGCAAACAGGUCGUAAGACUGCUCCCGUCAAGGGCUACAUAUGUGUAUUUGUGUGUCUGGUGACAAAGGGGAUUCAUCUCGAGGCCGUAGAGAACCUUUCAACCGAGGCGUUUAUGAGUGCAUUGGUUCGGUUUGUUUCUCGACGUGGACUUCCCGAGGAUGUGUAUUCUGACCAUGGAACAAAUUUUGUCGGAGCAAAACAUGAGCUGCAUGAAUUAUAUGAACUUUUUAGGCAGCAACUAACUGAGAAGAAAAUUUUUGAAUUUUGUCAUUCUCGUCAAAUUCGUUGGAGAAUGAUUCCGCCGAAUGCACCACACAUGGGUGGGCUAUGGGAAGCAGGCGUGAAAAGCACUAAGACGAUUUUGAGGAAGGUGUGUCAGUCAGCUUUAUUAACAAUGAGUGAGUUUUCGACUUUACUGUGCCAAAUCGAAGCACUUUUGAACUCAAGACCCUUAUAUGCUUCAUCUGACGACCCGGCAGAUUUGGAACCUCUCACUCCGGGUCAUUUUCUAAUUGACCGACCAUUGAAUGCAAUUCCUGAGCCAACAUAUGAUGAAAUCCCCAGCAACCGCCUCUCUCGUUGGCAAUAUGUACAACAUCUUAGGGAGAUGUUUUGGAAACGCUGGUCCCGUGAAUAUUUAGUGGAAUUACAAGUCCGAGGCAAAUGGACUCGUAAGCAUGCCAACCUUCGAAAGGGAAUGAUUGUGCUCAUUAAAGAAGACAAUCUGCCUCCGCAACUCUGGAAGAUGGGAAAGGUGGAAAAUACUUAUCCGGGAUUAGACAACAUGGUGAGGACGGUGGAACUGCGAACCAAGGCUGGUUUACUGAUGCGACCAAUACAUAAACUUGCUCCACUGCCAAUUUUGGAUAAUCUACAAGCUUCCGAGACUGAAAUCGACGAAUCCCGGGGGGAGAAUGUUCGAGCCAACCGGUUCAGCUCGAUGUAA